AUGGUAACGCAUCAACAUCCAAUGCAGGCUGCCGUGCCGGUGGCAGAGGUGGCCGAGGCGCUGAGCCCGGGCGUGCCGCUGAGAUGGUCGAGGAAUAGGACGCGCUAUCGGACCAAAGCCGUGAGCUCCGAGGUGGAUGAGAGCCUCUUUGGAGGGGUCAAGCCUCUGGCCCAGAGCAACAGCCCCAUCGUUCUCCUCCGAGAUAAGCAUGCCAUUAGGAAGACCCUCACGGCCCUGGGCUUGGAGAACAAGCCGGAGACCAUCCAGCUCAUCACCCGGGACAUGGUCCGGGAGCUCAUCGUUCCCGCCAAGGAUCCCUCUGGGGAGUCCCUCAUCAUGAGCCCUGAGGAAUUUGAGCGCAUCAAGUCGGCAUCCCACGUCCUGACCAGAGAAGAGCUCGAGGCCAGGGAGCAGGCCUUCAAGAAGGAGAAGGAGGCCAUCGUGGACGCGGUGACCAAGCGCAAGAAGGUCAUGAAGCAGAAGGAGAUGGCACGGAGAAACACCGAGAAGCUCAGUGACCUGGAGGAGGUGGCCCAGGAGAGGGCCCAGAGCCUGCUGCAGAGAGCCAGUGUGCUGCGCAUGGAGCAGGAGGAGGAGCUCAAGGACAUGAGCAAGAUCAUCCUUAAUGCCAAGUGCCACGCCAUCCGGGAUGCCCAGAUCCUGGAGAAGCAGCUGAUUCAAAGAGAGCUGGAUGCAGAGGAAAGGCGACUGGACCAGAUGAUGGAGGUGGAAAGGCAGAAAUCCAUUCAAAGGCAGGAGGAGCUGGACCGGAAGAGGAGGGAGGAGAGAAUCCGAGGAAGACGGCACAUCGUGGAGCAGAUGGAAAAGAACCAGGAGGAGCGGUCGCUGCUCGCGGAGCAGCGGGAGCAGGAGAAGGAGCAGAUGCUGGGAUACAUGGAACAGCUCCAGGAGGAGGAUCUACGGGACAUGGAACGGAGGCACCAGCAAAAACUAAAGAUGCAAGCUGAGAUUAAGCGCAUUAAUGAUGAAAACCAGAAACAGAAGGCAGAGCUACUGGCUCAGGAGAAGCUGGCGGACCAGAUGGUGAUGGAGUUCACCAAGAAGAAGAUGGCUCGAGAAGCAGAGUUUGAGGCUGAGCAGGAGAGAAUACGGAGGGAGAAAGAGAAGGAGAUCACCCGUCUGAGGGCCAUGCAGGAGAAGGCCCAGGAUUACCAGGCAGAGCAGGACGCCCUGCGGGCCAAGCGCAACCAGGAGGUUGCAGACAGGGAGUGGCGCAGAAAGGAAAAGGAAAAUGCACAGAAAAAGAUGGAGACAGAGGCCAAACUACGUAGCAGCCGGCUGGAGCAGGUGGCUUUCAAGGAGCACAGUCUGGCCGUUCAGGUGCAACGGGACCGGGAUGAGUUCGAGAGGAUUCUUCGGGCUCAGAGAGAGCAGAUCGAGAAGGAGCGUCUAGAGGAGGAGAAAAAGGCCACGGGGCGCUUGCGGCAUGCCAACGAGCUCAGGCGCCAGGUGCGCGAGAACCAGCAGAAGCAGGUGCAGGACCGCAUUGCCACUUUCGAGGAGGGCCGGCGCCUCAAAGAGGAGGCCCAGAAGCGGCGUGAGCGCAUCGAUGACAUCAAGAAGAAGAAGAUCGAGGAGCUGAGAGCCACUGGUCUCCCUGAGAAGUAUUGCAUCGAAGCGGAGCGCAAAGCAAACAUCCUGCCAGCCACCUCUGUGAACUAGGGGAGCCUCGGAGUCCCCGGGGAUGCCCACGGGAACAGGCUUUGCCCAGCCUCUGGGCGUCCAUAACUGCCACUAACC